GUCUGGGACUACAUUGUCGUCGGCGGCGGCCUCGCUGGCUCCGUCGUCUCGAGCCGGCUCUUGGCGCUCAACAACACGGCCAAGAUCCUCGUCAUUGAAGCUGGCAGUAGCGCUGCUGGGCGGACGGACAUUCUCUACGUCAACUCGACCAACCUGAUCUCGGGCGACUUUGACUGGAACUACUAUUCCACGCCGCAGUCUCAGCUCAACAACCGCGUCAUCCAGAGCGCUGCUGGGAAGGGUCUCGGCGGCGGCUCCCUCAUCAACACAUGUGGAUGGAUGCGUGGUGCCCGCGUCGACUACGACGAGUGGGCCGACCUUGUCAACGACUCCCGUUGGAGCUACGACAGCCAGCUGCCGUUCUUCAAGCGUUCCGAGGCGUACUGGACCGACGUCAAUGCAGACGAGCACGGGUACGACGGACCUCUAAAGGUCGAGGUGCCCUCGGUCACGGGCCGCGUCUACCCCUUGAGAGACGCCGUCUAUGCCUCGUACGAGUCCGUCGGCAUCAAGGCCCUCCCGGGCCUGGACGCCAACGCCGGCCAGAACCUCGGUUUUGGCGAGAUUGCGGAGAACCGCCGCAACGGCGUUCGCCAAAUCGCGUCAGAGUACUACCCCCUCGACGGCAUCACGGUCAUGACAGACACGCUUGUUGAGAAGAUCCUCUUCCGCAGCGACAACAGCUCCAACUCCAGCGCCGGCGCCCUCGUCGCAACUGGCGUCCGUCUCGCUAAUGGCACGGAGAUCCUCGGUAAGGAGAUCAUCGCCGCCGCUGGCGCCUACCGCACGCCGCAGCUGCUGAUGCUCUCCGGCAUCGGCCCAUCCGACGAGCUGGCCAAGCACGGCAUCGAUCUUAAGCUCGACGCGCCCGAGGUCGGCAAAAACUUUGCCGACCACGCCUUCUUCACUUACAACUGGCGUCUCUCCCCCCAGUAUCGCAACUCGACCGUCGACUCGGGCAACUCCCUCUUCUUCCAACCGCAGUACGGCCUCGGCCAGCCCAACAACUUUGUCGCCUCCUUUGGCGUGGAAGACAAGGAGGGCCUCGUCGCCGCCAUAACCAAGGAGGAAGGCAGCGCGCCCGACGCAGCUACGCACCCGCUCCUCAAGAACGAGCGCACACUCAUGGAAGGCUUCGUACUCUACGUCAACACGAACCCGGCCCUCCCGUCCAACAGCACCUACCUCACGACCGCCAACGUCGGUCUCCACCCCACAAGCCGCGGCGCCGUGACGCUCAGCUCUGCGGACCCUCGUGAGGCCCCACUCAUCGACCCCAACUUCUUCGGGUCCGAGGUCGAUCGGUUCGUGUGGCGCGACUCAAUCCGCCGGAUGACGCGCAUGAUGAUUGGCGGUGAGUCGCCGCUGAGCCAGGGGAUCGUCGAGGCUGAGGCGGCGCCGGAGGGUCUGAAGCCGUUUACGCUUGAGUCAACGGACGAGGAGAUUGAGGAGCGCAUUCGUGCUUCCGUCAUCGGUACGUACCAUCCCAUGGGCACAUGUGCCAUGGGCAAGGUUGUCGACAGCGAUUUGCGCGUCAAGGGCGUUAGCAAUCUUCGUGUUGUGGAUGCUUCCGUGUUCCCGACAAUCAUCACGGCUCACAUCCAGGCCGCAGUGUACGCUCUCGCCGAGCAGGCUGCUGAAAUCAUUGCUUCGUCAUAGAUCAGGGGAUCAUAGAUUCUGACGUUGACGACAUGAUGCAAGAAAUGAGAGAGAGGGCUAUAUGAGUGAUGUACGGAUAUAUACAUACUAGAUAAUGCUUAAUGACGAUGUGAGGCACUUGUGCCGCUACCGCCGUGCCGUACCGAAUUUCGGCCCCACUUUCGGCCCGUGUUGAACUAAUUGGCUCCCCGGACAGAGAUGUCUGUCUUAGGUACCUACCGUAGGUAACGAUACGCGAGACCGACUUUCGAAAUCGCAGAAAGUCUUUGGGGUGAGAGUAAAGGAUUGCAGGUUCAGGCAAUAGCGACAGGACGAAAUUUUGGUAGAAUGACGAGACAAGUGCGAUGACUUACAGGAGGUAGACAGGUCGAUUUCACCAGUGCCCUCUUUCCCCCACACCUGAGACCAUCGACCUGUGGCGUGCUAGCUGCCUAAUUCUCAGCCAUCUCACCAUAUAUUGGGGGGCGCUCAUC